CUUAACUUUGAACGAGCUACGAUAUUUAAUGCUGCCUUAAUCUUUAUAAAAUUUGUAAUUUUUUUGAUAUUGACUUAAUAAACAGCUUCCAAAUGCGUUAGUAAUUAAUUUAGGGCUUCGAAUCGCUUAUUAAAUAAAAAUCAAUUUGGCACCAACUGUGACGUCACAACCAGUUCUAGGGGAAAACCGAAGACCGAACAUUAAAUGCAUAUGGCGUCUUCAUGUCAGGAUCGGUUGAAUGCAAUUUAUAAAUCUGGCUUUUUUUCUAUGAUCUAAAUAGCAUCCAAGCUUCUAAUUAUAAGAGAAUUACAUUAAUGACUAGCGAGAUACCCGAUGAAAUACUAUUUGAGAGGAAAACUCGAGCUAUCGGACGUUAAAAACUGAAAGAAAGAUUAUGGCCUCUUUCUUAAGAUUGUGAAGUUAUAGUGUGUUUUUGUGUGUUAAUGUCGCCGAGAAAAGGAUAUUCUUCACUGUGAAUACUACCCUGGUAUGGUAGUAAACCAGCACUAACUACUAUGUGCUGGCAGCGUUCUGGUUUAAUAUAAAAUGGAGAAGAGCCGUCAUGGGAAGCACAGCAAGGAAAAAUCCAAGCGAUCCAAGAAGCGCAAGUUUCGUGAAGAAUCCUCGGACAAUCAUAACGUGGUGAUCAAGACCACCACAAAACCGUUAGUUGAAUAUUCGGAUGUAAGUUCGGAAGAUCUCUCUGGUCCAGAAGCAGGUGAAAUCCAAAGUGGUGGCGAAAGUGUUUUUAGUUAUAGUGAUGAUUGUGGUUUAAUCAAUAAUUCAAUGCAUAGAAGCUACUACAAUACCAACCGUCAUUCGCACGCCAGUCGCGUUUUGGAGGAGGAGUACUAUGUCGGUCGACAGGUACCGUUUUCGCCGUCUCGUCGGGUUAUGCGCUAUGAUACAUCCAUAAAUCCGUUAUCGCCAUCGUCGCCUGUCGAACGGCGGGAACGCCAGCUGUCGGCGUCCUCGCGAUCGUCUCGUUCCAGUGAGGUCAAAAUGCGGAGAAAGGUCGAUGUGUCGCCGGGUGGCGAGUUCCGACAAGUAGUUGAAUCGCCUGCGUACACUUCAGAGUAUGACACUACGGAGAAAAGGAAAAAAAAGAAGAGAGAUAGGAAACGGAAGAAAGAUAAACGAAAGAAGAAGAAGAAAAGGAAGCAUAAAUCAAGAAGCACUAGUGUGGAGACUGUUGAUUCGGACUCGCCUACCACUCCACCUCAGAAUUUGAACAGAAAGUCUACUCCACAUCUCGACUCUGAGCCCCUAUCUGACUGGGAACCGCCGGCAGUGGAACCGAGACAUCAGUCGCCCAUCAAUGUAGAAAGAAUAGUAACCAAUGAGUGUUCGCCGGUUUCCAACGAUAGCCACAUUGCGUCACCAGAACCCGAAGAAGUGAAGAUGAGGACGCCCAGUCCGAAAUCGAUAACACCGCCGCCACGCAAAGCGUUAAAGGACUCUAUGUCGACGCGCGAAUCGCCCCACACUCCUCCAUUGGUGCUAACAAAGUCAAAUCCGAUAGUAGUCAGCGAUCACAAAAGUCCGAGCCCGUUUACGAUAGACGUAGAGGAAUCCUUCGUAGAAUACGGUUCCAAACAGAGCCUGUCGCCGGUAAAGUCGUCCCCUUUCCGCAAUCCGAGCCCGGACUACAACGCCUAUCACGUGCCCGCUCGCCAGAGCGAUUCGCCGAUACGUAAACGCAAGAAAUUCGAACGCGACGGUCCCAAUCACAGGCGGCAUAGGAAAGAGCGCGAGAUGCUGAGGGACAAACGCAGAAUAUCGCGCAGUCCGAUGCGAAGGAGGGUCUCGCGCUCGCCGAGCUGGAACAGACAUCACUACACGAAAUCACCGAACAGGACGAAAGGUAUGAAGAGGCACAGGUCGAGAAGUCCACGAAUGGUGCGCGAAAGAGACUAUCGACAUUCACGAUCGCCUACGUCAAGAUUAGAAAAAAUUCGAAGCCCUUCCCCACAUUCCAUUAAAUCGUCGCAACUCAAAAACAAAAUAACUGACACCAGCUUAUUCGCGGAGCUCGUGAAAGACAAACAAAAAAGAGAAAUGGAGUUGAAGAAAUUAGAAAAUUUACUUGAACAGAAAAACGACAUGACCACAACGAUCAUUGUGGACGAUACGGUGGAUUCGAAAGAUUGCGAACCGGUAACGGUAGCGAUCGACGAUAUACCGAUACCUUCAGACAAUAAUAAAACGGAAACGACGCCCGUGAAGUUAGACGAAAUUGUAUUACCGAACAGUACGACGCCGGCUCCUACCGAUAGGAAACCAUUGACGCAAAAUUCUUCUAGCGAUCCUCCGUUGCCGACACCACCUUCGGCGGAAUUGCCGCAGCCGACUCAUCCCGUGCCGAAUUCGUUUGAUAAAAAAAUCGCGUUGGCCAAAAGGGCUCUUAAUAUGGACACGAAUAAAGUCAAAUCGAAGAACAUAACGAAACUACCGAUGCCGCCCGGUAUCAAUCAGGGUGAUUUGGAGGUGAUCGAGUCGCCGCCGAGCAGAUCACCCAGUCCCGUACCUGCCAAAGCGAAAACGCCACCUAGGAAGAGUAUUGUGAACUUGCCAUUGCCACCAGUUGUUCCAGGUAGCGAGGAGUUGAGCGGCGACGACGAGAACGUCACCACGCCCCCUAGGCAAGGCGCGAAUAAGGGAACAGAGCGCGUUCGUGCGUUGCCGAAGCCCAAAAUCAAGAGGCCGAAGAUUUUGAAACGGAAGGGGUCGCGGACCGGGAACGUGAGCAAGGAUUGGGGCGAGCGUUGCGUGGACGUUUUCGAAGUAAUUGUACAAAUCGGAGAAGGUACUUACGGGCAAGUAUACAAGGCGCGAGAUUUUCAAACGCACGAAUUGGUCGCCUUGAAGAAAGUCAGACUGGAAAAUGAAAAAGAGGGCUUUCCGAUCACCGCCGUUAGGGAGAUAAAAAUUCUCAGACAGUUAAACCAUAAAAACAUAGUAAAUUUAAAAGAAAUAGUCACUGACAAGCAGGACGCCUUAGAUUUUCGAAUGGACAGGGGUUCGGUUUAUCUCGUGUUUGAGUACAUGGACCACGAUCUGAUGGGUCUUCUCGAGUCCGGGAUGGUCGAUUUUAAUGAAGUUAAUAAUGCGUGUAUUAUGCGACAACUUUUGGACGGACUAAAUUACUGCCAUAAAAAGAAUUUUUUACAUCGUGAUAUAAAGUGCAGUAAUAUUUUAAUGAAUAAUAAAGGAGAAGUGAAGUUGGGCGACUUCGGGUUAGCGCGUUUGUGUAACACAGAAGAGCGACCGUACACAAAUAAAGUAAUAACGUUAUGGUACCGUCCUCCCGAAUUACUUUUAGGACAGGAACAUUACGGUCCCGCGAUAGACGUUUGGAGUUGCGGUUGCAUUCUAGGAGAAUUAUUUCUGAAAAGGCCGCUUUUCCAAGCAAACUUAGAAGCGCAACAAUUAGAAAUGAUCUCAAGACUGUGCGGCACACCAACACCGGCCGUUUGGCCUUCCGUCAUAGAGCUGCCAAAUUUCAACCUGCUCAAACCAAAAAAAAUCUACAGGCGGCGGAUACGCGAGGAGUUUAUUUUCAUGCCGACUUCUGCGCUUAAUUUAUUAGAUAAAAUGUUAGAGUUAGAUCCGAGUAAACGAAUUACUGCCGAGGACGCAUUGAAGUCAAUGUGGCUCAAAAACAUCAAUCCAGAACAAAUGAACGUACCGGAACUUCCAACAUGGCAAGACUGUCACGAGCUGUGGAGCAAAAAACGAAAACGCCAACUGCGCGAGCAACAAGAAGCCGUUCAGAACCUUCCAACUAGUAAACCCCCAGUGGACAUUGGCGGGACGCAAGAUACGAAACCGGCAAGACGAUGGGAGUAGCUCUUUAUUUAGUUAAUGUAGGAGGCUUAUCGAUCGCGAAGGGAUUUUUACAUUCCAAGAGUCUGUGCCUACUCCUAGUCAUUGAGUUUAAUACAAUUUAUCCAAAGCAACGGCUGAGGGCGACAAUCCUGUUCCUAAUUCCGCAGCUUGCUUGUAGAUUAGUUUUCGUUUUCCUUUCUAGUAGACUAGAGUUACGGAUAGGUUCGAGCGUUGCUCUCGAACUGAAUGUGAGCAUUUAGUUAGUCUUCAAUCAAGAACUUGUUUUGAUCCUUAUAAUUGACGAAUUAUAUUUUGAAACAGGUCUGCUAUCUUCUGAGAAAUGCGAUGUAUGCUGCAUUAUGUUAAGUGUUUUCUCGAUGUUAGGCCUGGACUGAAUUGUUAUAAUAGACUUGUUAUUAUUAUUAUUAUUUUGUGCAUGUGUAUUUAAUUUUAUUUAGGCAUGAACGAGGGAUUCUAUUUUAAUUAUAUAUAUAUUUACUAUUCGAUGAAAUCUUAAUUGUCUCGAAAUGUUUGUGAUAUAACAAAGCAAAAGUUGCCUAAAUAUUUAUCAUGUUAUAAUAUCCAAUUUAUAUACCAAAAUAAGUUAAAAUGUAAAUAUUUAUAAAUAAUUAUCAUUGUUAGUAACAUAACCCGUCAUUGAUA